UCUUAUUUUUGUUGCCAUGGUAGCAAGCGUCUUACAAUAUGGCGGACAAAAAGUAUCAUUGACGUUAUAUUUUAAAAAUCGAACUUUUUUAACACUUUGGAAGCGACAGAGCAGUUAAAAUAAUAACUUUAAAGUAACAGCUUUUAUAGUAAAGAACUUUGAACGAGUAAACUGUUUAAAAUUGUAAAAAUUAAUGUAGGUUUCCAUUUAGAAAUGCCAACAGUGGGCAAUGAUACAGCAUCUGUGCGUAAAUUACUUCACCAGUGGGACAAUGGUAACAAGCAAGUGCGAGCACGCAUACUGGAAGAUUUUAUUAUGACUAAUCAAAAUAAGACUGGUCCAGAAAUUGAAAGUGAAUUUGCCCAAUCUGCUAGUUUAUUUCUGACUAGACUGACAGCUUGGCUUAGAAUGACAUAUAUGAUUGGAACUCAUGUUAGUUUACAACUCAAGGCUAUUGAUAUCUUUGUGGGAGCCUCAAGUGGUCAUAAAUUUCUCACAGAAUUCUUAGAAGUAGGGGGUGUCUUGACUGUUUUAGAAAUACUGGGUUUGAAACAAGCAAAAGAGGAAGAUAAAGUUGAAGCUCUGAAACUGUUGAUGCACAUUGCUGAUUCUGGAAGACGAUACAAGGAAUUGAUUUGCGAGAGCUUUGGUAUUCGAGCGGUGGCAGAAUGUCUUGCAAAAUCUACCUCAGAGGAAACUCAAGACUGUGCAAAAACACUCAUUCAAGAAUUAUCCAAUGGUAAUCCCAAGUUUGAAGGACAAGUAUACAAAGCACUGAUCGCUUUAUUGCGAGCAGUAUCACCAAAAGCUCAACAAAUGGCUGCAGAAACAUUAAGAAUUGUUCAGCCUAUCGUUAAGACGACAAGUCCUACUAUUGUGGAUUCUGUACUAAUGCUGUUGAGAUCCUUGCAUCUCGAAGUUCAAUAUGAAGCGUCUGAACUGAUUAAAGACCUCAUGUGUUAUGAUGUUCAGCCUGCCAUGCUCAAGGGAUUGGUUGCAUUGUUAAAACCAUCUAAAGAAGAUAUCCAAGCCGAUAAAUCUGAAAUUCUCAGUGAUACCACGAUGCCAGAAUUUGGCGCCCCGUUGUCCGUUUAUGUCCAACAGGCGGCUGCUUGCAAAGUAAUCAGAAUACUGGCUCAGCGAUCUCCUGAAGUCGCAGAGAGUUUGGUUCAGCUACGUGUCAUACACGGCUUGCUUUUUGCACUGGGAAACGCAAAUCAUCCAGAUUCUCAAAGACAGGCUGCAGUUACACUGGAGUUUUUUGUUCGUUCCUUCCCGUUUGUAAACGACAAAGUAAAAGAAGCAUUGGGCGAGACGUUUUAUAACGAAUUUUUGAAAAAUCCGGAUGAGCUCUACGUAAAACUAACUUCAAUUCAAGCGGAUAUUUUAUCAUCCAAUAAAAUAAACAUUCCAGGAGUUACUGAAGUACAAGAAUAAAAAUGAACACUCGUGCAUUAUUACCAAGAUCGAAAGAGGAGGAAUACAGUAUUAUUACAAUGAAAAAACAUAAAUUAUACUUGAUGCAUGUAUAUUACUGAUAUAUUUAAUAAAUAUUGUACAAUUUCUUUUAAUCUGCUCUUAUUACUUAUCCAUGAAAUAUCUUCUUAGUAUAUUUACUUUGGUACAGUAAUUGUGGCGUGUGCAUAUAGUGACAUAUUAUUGCAAAAAACGCUGUUUGUGUUCUUUUUUUACUCAAUAACUUUUUAAGGAUAUCUUUUCAUUUCAUGUUUAUAUCUUGUGAUAUAGAUCAAUAUGGACAAGGUUAAACUA